AUGCUCACUUAUUCACAUAUUGUUGAGGAAACCUUUGACUUUAAGCGCUACAAUACAACCUCAGAUAUACAGAAUGCAAUCUCUAAAGCCACAUUCUUCGAUAGUGGUACUAAUACAGCAGAAGCUUUCAGGAGAGCAAAGGGACUCUUCACAACUGCCAAAGGUGCAAGAGAUCCUGCUCGGGCAAAACGUGAAGUACUUAUCCUGACAGAUGGUCAAUCUGACAAUGCUGCUAACACAUUUGCUGCAGUUGAAUCUCUUAAACGCGUUGCUGAUGUGUACGGGCUGAUGACUGGGAGCUUUUCAUCAGGUGGGAUGAAAGAACUUACGAAAUACGUUUCUGCACCAAUUAAUGAGCACCUGUUUUAUGUACAGAAUUACCAAGUUCAGGGAAAAUUGGUGGCGUACAUUCAAGACAGUAAGAAAGCUUUGGGACCAAAGUGGUGUGCAACGUUUGAUAUAUGA